GGUCGUAAAUGAGCGUAAAGUAGAUGUUAAUAAUUCGGUUUAAAGUGCGUUAGAACCAUCAUGCACUAUUCAUGGUGUAACUGAAACUGGCUUAUUAAACCACACGCGGCUGUAACGCGUUACUCGCCAGCCUCUUUUUCAACUAGACCCCCAUCUCCCUCUGCCGCUUUGUCUGCGCAUCCAUGUGGGUUUUCCCAUCUCGGUGUCGGCGCUGCGCCUCUCUCGCUCCGUCCGCCCCUCAGCCAUUGGCCUCGGAGAGCAUCCGUCUUCGCCUCGCAACAAUAGACCCCAGCGACACGCGCGCCACGCGCACCGACACAGACGCGCACGGCGCUUUCGAGGAGCGGCGCUGAGAUGUUGGUGAAGCUGCGGCUCGCCGACUCUUCCUUUCUUUCCAGCUUCACGUCGGCGAGGAGGAGCGCGGGGAAGCGUCUGCCAUGCGCUCAACCGGGGACGCGUCGGAGUUGAAAUAAGGGAUACGAGGGGGUUUUCGGGGGGUGGAAGAAAAAAAAGAAAAAGAAGAAGAGGAAGAAAGCGGAGGAGAGGGGGCAGAUUAUGUGGAGGAUGACUGACUGGUGACAAAGAAAACGGGGAGCCCCCCUCUGGCUUCGGUUAACACCCGCUAGAACUUGAAAGCGCUUUCUUGGAUAGCCAAAGAUUAUUACUGUUAUUUUUAACAUCAUUGUUUCUGGAGGGGAACCAUGCCUGUCCGGAGGGGUCAUGUUGCGCCACAAAACACAUUUUUGGGAAUAAUUAUUAGGAAAUUCGAAGGACAAAAUAAGAAAUUCAUCAUAGCUAAUGCCCGGGUGCAGAACUGCGCCAUUAUCUACUGUAAUGACGGAUUCUGUGAAAUGACGGGCUUCUCCAGGCCGGACAUCAUGCAGAAGCCGUGCACCUGCGACUUCCUGCACGGCCAGUUCACCAGCCGGCACGCGGUGGCCCAGGUGGCCCAGGCGCUGCUGGGCUCGGAGGAGCGCAAGGUGGAGAUCACCUACCACCGCAAGGAUGGUUCCAACUUCCUUUGCGCCACCCACAUCAUCCCCGUGAAGAACGAGGAGGGGGUGGUCAUGAUGUUCAUCCUUAACUUCGACUACAUCCUGGACGAAGGCAGCAGCGACUCGCUGGAGAAGCUCAACCACACGUCACCUUCCAAAGCUGAGCAACGGAAAGGGAGAUUUUUCCGCUUCCGCUUCCCGGCGUUACCUCUCCUGGGCAUCAGCAAGCAGUCCCUGCCCCAGGAAGACCCCGACGCCGUCAUGGUGGACUCCCCCCGCCACAGCGACGGCUCGGUGGCCACGCGCGACUACCAGCUCCCCACCACCCGCGAAAGCUGCAGCCCCUCCUACGCCAACGACACCCGCGCCCUCAUCGGCCCCAGCCACUGCUCCACCCCCGUGUCCGGGCCCCUGGACCACUCGUCGCCCAAAGGCCCCUGGGGACGGAUAUACCCCGACCGGGCCGCGGCCCAGACCCGACGCCAGAGUCAGGACGAAACGCUCGUCGCUGCUCCGACAAUCCCGGGCCUCACUCCAACCGCCUCCAGAGAGACUGUGUGUAGUAUUCGCAGAGCUUCCUCCGUACAUGACAUGGAGGGCUCCAGGUCAAAUUCCAAGAUGGCAUUCAGAGACCGACACGCCAGCGAAGAUAAUGGUCGCAGCCUCAAAGUAUCUCGCUCCUGGAUGGCUGGGGGGCCGUUCAGCCACAUCAAGUCCAGCCUCCUCGGCUCCACCUCCGACUCCAACCUCAACAAGUACAGCACCAUCAACAAGAUCCCGCUCAUCACGCUCAACUUCUCCGAGGCCAACAACGACAAGAAGUGCCCCUCCCCUCCCUCCUCCGAGAAGACCAUCAUCGCCCCGAAGGUUAAAGACCGCACGCACAACGUCACAGAUAAGGUCACGCAGGUGCUUUCUCUGGGCGCAGACGUCCUGCCCGAGUACAAGCUCCAGACGCCUCGGAUAGAUAAGUGGACCAUCCUUCACUACAGCCCCUUCAAAGCAGUGUGGGACUGGCUGAUCCUGCUGCUGGUGAUCUACACGGCCAUUUUCACGCCCUACUCCGCCGCCUUCCUCCUCAAUGACAUCGAGGAGCAGAGGAGGCGGGAGUGCGGCUACUCCUGCUCGCCGCUCAACGUGGUGGACCUCAUCGUGGACAUCAUGUUCAUCGUGGACAUCCUCAUAAACUUCAGGACCACUUACGUCAACAUCAACGAGGAGGUGGUGAGCCACCCGGCCAAGAUAGCCAUCCACUACUUCAAAGGCUGGUUCCUCAUAGACAUGGUGGCCGCUAUCCCGUUUGACCUGCUCAUCUUUGGCUCAGGAUCGGAUGAGACCACCACUCUUAUCGGGCUGCUAAAGACGGCCCGUCUCCUGCGGCUGGUGCGAGUCGCCCGCAAGCUGGACCGCUACUCGGAGUACGGCGCCGCCGUCCUCAUGCUGCUCAUGUGCAUAUUCGCCCUCAUCGCCCACUGGCUGGCCUGCAUCUGGUACGCAAUCGGCAACGUGGAGAAGCCCUACCUGGAGCACAAGAUCGGGUGGCUGGACAACCUGGGCGUGUCCAUAGGGAAGAAGUACAACUACAGCGACCCCACUUCAGGCCCCUCCAUCAAAGACAAGUAUGUCACAGCGCUGUACUUCACCUUCAGCAGUCUGACCAGCGUGGGCUUCGGGAAUGUGUCCCCCAACACCAACUCCGAGAAGAUCUUUUCCAUCUGUGUCAUGCUCAUUGGAUCUCUAAUGUACGCCAGCAUCUUCGGGAACGUGUCCGCCAUCAUCCAGAGGUUGUAUUCAGGUACGGCCAGGUAUCACCUCCAGAUGCUGCGGGUCAAAGAGUUUAUCCGCUUCCACCAGAUCCCGAACCCGCUGAGGCAGAGGCUGGAGGAGUACUUCCAACACGCCUGGACGUACACCAACGGCAUCGACAUGAACAUGGUCUUGAAGGGUUUCCCAGAGUGCCUGCAGGCGGACAUCUGCCUCCACCUCAACAAGACCCUCCUCCACGACUGCAAGGUGUUUCGCGGCGCCACCAAGGGCUGCCUCAGAGCCCUGGCCAUGAGGUUCAAGACCACCCACGCGCCCCCCGGAGACACGCUGGUCCACAGCGGGGACGUGCUCACGGCGCUCUACUUCAUCUCCCGCGGCUCCAUCGAAAUCCUCAAGGACGACAUUGUCGUGGCCAUCCUGGGUAAAAGUGACAUCUUCGGUGAGAUGAUCCACCUGUACGCUAAGCCGGGGAAGUCCUGCGCCGACGUGCGGGCGCUGAGCUACUGCGACCUGCACACCAUUCAGAGGGAGGAGAUCCUGGAGGUGCUGGACAUGUAUCCGGAGUUCGCCGACCACUUCCUCACCAACCUGGAGCUGACGUUCAACCUCCGGGAUGAAAACGCGAAGACGACCGAUGCACAAGCGGCUGAUUCCAACGCGGAUGAUAUCAAGUGUCGAAGGAGGACGUCCUACAGAAGGAAAUCCUCCACAGGCUCCCACAGCAAAGAGCCGGCAACCGCCUAUUGUGACGGCAAGCAGGGACGGCAGGUCUACGCCUCCUCCUCCGCCGCCGCCGCCGCCGAGGAGCGGAGGGAGUCCGCGGAGGAAGGGGAGGACGAGGAAGAGGAGGAUGGCAGGGAGGAGGAGGAGGAGCAGAGGCCCUUGUGUUCUGGCGUGCUGGGCUACCCGGUGGUUAGGGACCACGCCCUGGGCCUCGGACUGAGCGGCGCUCCAGAUGCACAGGCAGGAGACAACGCGCAGAACCAAAGCUACAAAGAGCUCCACGCCGACGAGUGGCCGCAGCAGCGUCCGGGCGAGGGUGCAGAGGUGCCGGCCCCGUGUCAGGAGACGCCGGCGGCGGAGGACGACAGCGACACGGACCUCACCUACGGAGAGGUGGAGCAGAGGCUGGACAUGCUGCAGCAGCACCUCAACAGACUGGAGUCGCAGAUGACGGCGGACAUCCAGGCCAUCCUGCAGCUCCUGCAGAGGCAAACGACGGCCGGGCCGCCCGCUUACAGCACCGUCACGUCCUGCCCGGAGUACCAGAGGCCGGCCAUCAGGGUGCAGCCGGCGUCGGCCGCGCAGACGGAGCUCAGCCUCGGCCCCGUUCUGCCUCAGCCACAGAGCCCCAGCUCGGAGGUCGCCCCACACAAAUCCAAAGAAACCUCCCCCGUCCUCCUCCGCACAGAGACUCUUCCGGAUGGGAACGUGGCCGGACUGCUCGAGGGCGACGGCGAGCGGAGGCACGAGCUGAACGGCGUGGACCCGGCGGCGGAGCAGCAGCACCGACAGCCGCAGAGGUUCCCAUCCGGCCGACAAGCCUCCCUGCCCGACGUCCCCAGCAGUUCAGGGAUGUUGGGACUCCACAGACCAGUGUCUGACCCGGGGCUUCCAGGAAAGUAGCCCCCCCGCCCCCCAUUACCUCCCCAGCCCCCAACUCCCCUUCCUUCAACCUUUUGACGAUGACUGAAGGUCUUCUCUCAAGCUUGACUCAGGGUUUAAGAAAGACUGAAUAUGCAAAGGAUAAAAAAAAACAAAAACAAAAAAACUGUAGACUUUCUUCCAUUCCUUUUGAGGACACUCCCCCAAGCCCCGCCCCCUCCCCUGCGCUCCGAUUUAGAUGUAUAAACUCCAUUUAUACAGAGGUAUUUAUACGCUAUAUUACUAUGUAAAGUCAUCAUCCACUGUGUACAUACUUCAAAUAGAACACUGCCAGCAACACGAGGCACCUGACGUGCUUUUCUCUCUUUCUUUUUCUUUUUUUUUUAUUUUAUCCCCAGAAGAUAUGCAUGAUUUCGGUUCUCAUGUUUUCCUUUCCCUCGUAGUCCACCGCAUGUCCACCGGGCGUGAUCUCAGCAUGCUCACAGACUCCCGUAGCCACCAAGUCUCAUUUUCUACAACUCUUCCGUCCUGCACAGGGAACACAGCUACUUGAAUCCGAGGCUUUUUGUCACUCCGCGGCUUUGAAGCUCCAAAAAAAAAAAAACGAAAAAACAAAAAAAUUGAGAUCUGUCUGUAUGUUUUUAGCGUGCCUACCGUACACCGCAUUGCCACGACAGAUGAGAAACCACUUCUUCUGCGAGGACAUCCCAUAGCACAACGACUACUUUUUCUUUUCUUUUUUCUUUUUUUUGUUUUUGUCAGUCUUUGAGAGCAAUAAUGAUGGAUGGACCAGAUGCAGGAAACACCACACUGGAUCUAGAUUCAUUACUUCUGGAGCUGAACACUCUCUGGAAAGUCACUUUAUACGACCUGGACGAGGGGGAAACGAGCAACUCUUGAGUUUGUGUUGUGGUUCAUUUGCUUGCAAAAGUCUCAGUUUUCAGUCAACUGUAUAAAAAAAAAAGAAAAAAGAAAGAAAAUGAGAAAUAAAGUAGUAUCUGAAAACAUGUAACCACCACCACCACCACAUUAAAACCCAAAGCUGCUCUUUUUCUGUGACCGGGGCAUUUCAUUGAAAAGACUGAGGAAUACACCGAUCAGGCAUAACAUUAUGACCAGAGUCUGAUGAGUCACAAACCAGUUGUGACUCAUCAGAGAAUGGACACGGGCCUUCUGAGGGUGACGUCACGAGUUUCAGGUCUGAAAACACUUUUCCUGUCAGUGGUUUUAAUGUUGUGGCUGAUCCGUGUCUAACUAACACCCAACCUGUCAUUUAAAGGCCUUAUGAGUCAUUUUAAGCACUGAUGUAUAAUAAACCGCAGGUCUUCAAGAGGGGGUGCAGGCUAUGGUACUUGACUCACUUUUGGAGUCCGCCCCCUAGUGGUCGCUUGAUAAACUGCAUUUUUUUUUUGUGCAGCUUGGUCGAACAUGUCAAACAUCUGGACAUUAAUUCUCCAUCCUUUGUGUCACAGAAAAAGACCACCCGAAGCCCACUAAUAAUUCAUAACGCCCGAUGUUUUGACACAAAGCAACAACCUGAGCCUCCUUUCACGGGGCCUGCUCGGCUUUUAGGUUUCGUCCUGUUGCAUGCUUUAGGUCUUCCAUUUACCUCCCUAAAAUUCCCCCAUCGCCAGCAGGAGCAGGAGCCGUCCCCAGCCCCGCUUCCCCCCGCCGCCACACAUGUAAAUGUACGCAGCAGUCUUAGACUGAACCGCAUGAUGGAAACGAAAUUUUAGCGCCUCUAGUUCUCCGGCGACAUAAACGCGAGCUCACGUAUUGCAUGAAGACUGCACUUCCGAUUAUUAACGAGGCCUCGACCGGCCGCGUUUUUUUAGAAACGAGGGUUAGACCUAUUUUUCUAAGAAGUAUUUGAUUUGCCAUUAUUUUUCUACGCGCCUGCUGUCGUGAUGCCGUGGAUUAUGAUGAUGAUGAUGAUGAUGAUGAGCCUCUUAAUGUAGCAAGCUGGUGGUCAACACAAGGCUGGGUGUUGCAUUGAUUGUACGCCAUUUGACUCAUUUGUCUUGAUUUGAUAUUGCACAUAGAAUUUUUUUUUUCUACUUUUCCCUCUGGGCUUAUUCAGCGUGUUGAAGAGAGUCCACUAAAGCAGGUCUGGUUUUUAUUUGACCCCCCCUCCUCCCAACAGGACAGAACGGAUCAAAGGUUUUUAGCGGGAAAGGCGUGAGAGGAGUGAUGAAAUCUCCCCAUUUAUAUCCUUCUGGAAAAAAGAUAAUAGUGAAAUAUUAACAGAAAUCCCUCCCUCCUUCCCUCCGUCCCUUUGAUGAACUUUCUUUCUCCUCAGCACAGAUGUAGAACAAGAGUCGUCUCCUGAACUUUCGUGGGGAUUUGCAAACUUUUGCACAGAGAUUCGAAGAAAAACAAAUAAAAAUAAACUCGCUGUACUGGAUAUAAAUGUCACUUUUUAAAUCUAGUGCUGUUCACAAUUGUUUUUAUGCAUUUUUUUAAAUGUUUGCCACUGUAUUUUAUACAAUGCAACACUUAAACAGCUAAUUUGAAUGUUUCUGUUCUUAAACUAUAUUUAAAGAAAUAAAGUAUAUUGUGUAAAUAGACCGGAGAC